AUGGAGGUUUGCCUUUAUUUUCCUUUUGCUCUUGCUUCUAACUUAUCUAGCGUGGCUCUAGGGUCCACACCUUCAAGCAGGAUCUACGAGGGUCAUUGGGUUACUAGGUUGGCCUUAUCCUAUGAGGUCGACACUAGUGGGAUGGUCCCUAUGCCUAUCCAGGAGUUGAGUACUAUCGCUCUCGGGAAGAUGCAGGUGUUGGUUAGGGAGGUAGGGCAGUUGUGGAGGAUUCCGGAGGACGACAUCGUGGAGCUGAUUCAGCAGAUGGAGCAGGAGGACAUCCCUUUGCCUGCCUUCGUGAGGCAUCAGAGGCCUAGAUACGCGGAGCCUGGUCAGCUGGAGACGAUUCUAUGUGAUGUGAUGCAGUAUCUAAUUGCUGCAAAGGAGGAGCAUCGUUGGAUUAUGGAUUUGGUCUCUGCGAUGAUGCGACAUCUAGGGAUGGACCAUCAACCUUUUCCUAGAGCGGGUCCUUGUGUUUACCACCUUCUUAGUCAUAGGGCGUCGGUCAUGAUGGUGUCGGUCCUUCAGGCCCUCUUCCCAAAGAUACUGAUGAUGAUGACACGGAGGAUGAGGAGGCUAAGUACGAAAGCAGCGAUAAAUAGGUUGAGGGUUUUUUUUUGGGUUUGA